AUGCGCGAAUCGCUUAUGCUUGUUACUGCCCUCAAUCCACAUAUUGGUUACGAUAAUGCUGCGAAGAUCGCGAAGACUGCUCACAAGAAUGGCACCACUCUCAAAGAGGAAGCUAUCAAACUUGGUAUUUUGACGGAAGAACAGUUCGGACAAUGGGUGAAACCCGAGAAUAUGCUUGGGCCUAAGUAA